UUUCUUCCUCAGUCUAUUCUCUCGCCCAAUGUCGGCCAGAUCAAUCAUUCCACAUCCUCUUGUUUCCCAGCCCCCCUUCAACAUGUGCUCGCCAAAUCGGCAUCCGGAAGUAAUAUUUUCAUUGAUUCCGUUGUUGCCACUGGCUCGGACGGCUCCUCUCAGCGCAGAACCUAUAAACGGGAAUCUGUUACAUCACCUUUGUGCACAGCCGGUCGACCCAAGUUAUCUGUAAGUUCAACACAGUUGCCAACGCUGCACCCCAAACAUAUCCGACUAGAUGUACCCCAUAUUGCUCCAAUUACUGUAUCAUCAUCAUGCAUUAAUACCUCUUCCACUGGCCGGUCCGCUCCUGCCAGCUCCACAGCUCCCGUCCUACCUUCUGUGAUUAAUGGUCGCUGUAGCUCAGGUGAAGCAACCGAAUUUCCUACGAGCUCAACUCUAGCAACUAGUUCUUAUGUGCCUACCGUUAUGUCACGUGCUCCAGCACAAUUAAUGACGGCUCGGCCAAUAGACGAGCAGACAUAUUGUGCACCUGGUGUCAAUCCCACUUCUACCACGGGAUCAUCGUGUCUACAGCCAAGCAGUUCAACUGCUAAUCAGUUCGGUUCUACUAUUCUUCCUAAACGGCAAACAUUCACCAGCUUUUUACAGACAGCAGACCUCGAUACCAACUCCCCAGCUUCGGAUUCUUCAACUCAUGCUGACCACAGUCGACCUCGUGCAAUUUUUUGUGGGACCAACAGUGCUGUAUCCAUUUCCAUAGGGAAUCUUGCCCUUGGUAACGCAGGUCCAUCUGGCUCGAUUAAUCGCCUUAGCAAAGUCAAAUCUACUGCCGAACUUGUACAAGCUGCCGGGGAUUGCAUUGAUUCUGUUACUGCUGAUCGCAUCCUCACCAACCGCAUCACAAAAGAACCCGAUUUGCCAAGUAUGGUAGCAACUAUGCCUAGUUUGGUCAGGUCACGUGGCCAACGUCCUCAUGUCGGCUCUGUUGCUAAUCUAGUCAAUCCCAUGAAUGCUGUCCGACGAACUAGCUCGAUGGGAACACGGGGCUUAGGUACCGAGGAUGGCGCUCUUCAGGGUCAUGGACCGACAUCAGUGUCGGAGAGUGGCAGUUCUAAUUCUCAGAUUACGGCAGCUAAGUCGGAGAUGAUGGCUAAAUUCUUAGCGAGCACUGCCCUGCACCACCAUCAGCAACAUCAACAGCAGUUGGGACGUGUUGGGUCAAUAUCUCGAGUCAGUGACGAGCCGACUUUUCCUCAACCUGGGUCUUCUUCGCGUCCCUCUACUAGGCCGACUUCAGUCCCCGUAAGCCAUUCGCCACUGCCGCAGCACGAGGAUUCCUCCAAGCAGGCACAGCCAUCUUCCCAUUGGCCGGCUACUCCUGCAUUAAAUAAGCCGUUGGCAGUGGAUGAAUCGACAGGCCACGAAAAGGAAGAGGAUGAUGACGAUGAGGUAGAUGUGCUAGAUAGUGAGGGCAUCCAUUUACCUCCCCCAAAACAGCAAAAGCAAAGAUUGUUUCACCAGCAACAGCCCUGUUUGAACCAAAUAAAACAACAACAACAGAAGAAACAUGACAGCAAGCGAAAGAGGAAAAAGCGACGGAAGCACAUACAUUCACAUGAAUCGGCAGGUGGUGAGUCUGAUGAUGAAGAUUUCUCUUCUAAUGAUGGUCAGCGUCACCGACACCGGCGCCAUCGACGACGCAGAAGCUCCACUCAUCCACCCGUGACCAAUCUUAUGGACGAAUGGCCAGUGCUACCGCAGCUUCCGGCCUUUAUUGAUUGGCACAGCUUGAGUCCCGAACAGAUGGAAUGUGAGGACAGUCAACAAGCAAUCUUGGGACAGAAAAACUAUUCGCCUGAGGAGCUCUCGCUUUCCCUGACCGACCUUUACUCUGUUCCUCUUGGUGAUCGAUUUCUGCACAUUUUACCCUGGGUUGAUGUGUAUGGCAAUAAGAGAACUUUUUUUCCUGACUCGGCUAUUGAGGACAUGGAUCGUCUCAUUGAUCUUCCCGACCCUUGGUAA